GAGACCGAGGACGAUCCGCAUCGCUUUCGAGUCUGCUUGCUACGGGAGAAGCAUGUUCAGUAUCUGCAACAAGUCUGGACAAAAGGAGAACUCCUCGGUUCGUCUUUUGUCAGCCUGGAUGCAAGCCGUACGUGGAUGCUGUACUGGGCCUUGCACGCGAGCGAUCUCAUGGGACACCGCCCGUCCGUGAACGAACGGUCUUCCGGAAACGAUAGCGAGGAUCCGCAGGCUAUAUUACCGUCACCUGGCGCUACGUUGGGAGGGUUUGGUGGAGGGCCGGGACAAAUGCCACACGCGGCCACGACGUACGCUGCCGUCUUGGCCUUGAAUCAUGCAGUAUCCGAAUCAGCCAUGAAGCUUUUGCAACGCAUCCGCCUACCAGUGUAUAGCUGGAUGCUGUCGUUGCAAGAACCGGACGGUUCGUUUCGAAUGCAGCACGAUGGGGAAAUCGACGUACGCGCCACGUAUUGUGUCCUGGCAGUGGCCAAGCUGUUGAAUAUCUGCUGUACCGAAACACUGGGCAGCAACAAAGUCGUCGAAAGCGUGGUACGCUGUCAGACCUUUGAAGGCGGCUUUGGCGGUGAACCGUGGACGGAAGCCCACGGGGGGUACACAUUUUGUGCAGUGGCGGCUCUGCAACUCCUCAAUCGUGUAGAUGCUGCCAAUGUACCGGCCUUGACUCGCUGGUUGACAGCACAACAAUGUGGUUUCGAAGGCGGCUUUCAGGGUCGCACCAAUAAGCUCGUCGACGGAUGCUACAGUUUUUGGCAAGGCGGGGCCGCGUCCAUCGUUAGUGCCUUUCUACUGUUCGACCAAGGGAUGUUACAGCGUUAUGUUCUACUUUGCGCGCAAAACGUAACUGGUGGUUUGCGGGACAAGCCGUCGGCACGUCGGGAUUUCUAUCAUUCGUGUUACAAUAUAUCGGGACUUUCCGUGGCGCAGCAAGUGGACUCGUUACCAGAUUUUGGCCAUCCGUCAGAAUCCGUUGUACACGAAACGCAUCCCGUCUACAAUCUACGUACUGAGCGUGUGCGGAAGAUGCUAACGCACUGGCAAACGCAACCAAUCAUACUCGAUCUGUCGUAG